AUGCCAGCCGCGAAUACUCCUGCGCGGAAACCGGCGGAAAAGGCAGCAGCAGCAGCAGCGGAGACUCUUUCUGAAACCAUAGCAGUAGCAGCGGAGGCUGCGCUAGCCGUGGAGAUGGGCGAACCCCCGCACACGGAGGAAAGCGGCGGUGGCCCCCCGCAACUAGAGGAAGCGUCGACUCCGCCACCCGCGGCAGCAUUGGCGAAAGCAUUGGCAAAAGCAUCGUCGGAAGCAUCCGCGACUGAGCUACCGCUGGAGACGGGCAGAAGUCAAGCCGCAGGGCAGCAGGACGAGAGAGGCGCAUGGCAUGGCGGUGAGAGGCGCAUGGGGCCCCUGGCGGAUGCGCAGUCGUACGGAUCCGGGGAGAUCUGCCGCCUGCUCCAGGAAAAUGGGGGCAUGCUCUGUCGGGUGAUCUCCCCCCCCCCUUCUCCACCCCCUCUCUCUCUUCCCCACUCCCCCUUUCUCCCCCUCCCGCUUAAUUGUGGGAAUCCCAAUCGAAGCGAGUCCAACAUGCAUCCGCUUUUUCUGGCAGCCAGCCCAGCAUCGUAUUCCCCCAUUUCUCCCCCUUUUUCCUUUUCCUCUUCCCUCCCCCCUAUCCCUCCCCCCUUUUCCUUUUCCUCUUCCCUCCCCAUUCCCGCCCUCUCUCCCCAUUCCCUCCCUCUCUCCCCAUUCCCUUCCUCUCUUCCCAUUCCCUUCCUCUCUCCCCAUUCCCUCCCUCACCCCCCCAUCCCUCCCUCUGCUUCCCAUUCCUCCCCCCCCUCCCUCCCUCCGCUCGCCUCGCCCCCACCACUGUCAGAGUGCGCUCAUUUCAGCCCCCCCUCCCUCCCGUCGCUCGCCCCCACCACUGCUGGAGUGCGCAAUGCAGCAGCGAGCUCGUUCAGCCGGCACGACUUGUGA